AUGUCGCAAUCAGCGGCUGCUAAAUACUUGAGAAAGUCGAAAACAUUCGUACAGAAGUGGAUACAGCGAUAUAAAGUGGUGAAAAAUGUCAAUGAUUUCCCGGGACGUGGCUCGAUAGGCAAAUUGAACGAAAAAGACGAAAAAAGAAUAGUGAAUCUGUUUUCGCGGAAUCCUGCUUUAACGCUGCGUCAAGGACAAGCAAAAUUAAAGUCAAAAGGUUUAGAUAUAUCGUACGAAACUAUCCGAACCCAUCUCCAUGCUCAUGACAUGAAAUGGCGCAACACAAUGAAGAAACCUCUAUUGACCGAAAGACAUGUGAUGAAGCGACUCGCUUGGGCGCACGAAAACAUCGAUCGAGAUUUUAGCAAUGUAAUUUUUACCGAUGAAUGUUCUGUAUGGGCACGUUGUAUCCUCACGCGAGCCUGGUCGACCUCCACCAAUAGGCUUGUCCAGCGAACUGUAAAACAUAGAGUAAAGGUGCAUCUUUGGGGCUGCUUCUCAAAGCAGGGGUUUGGCACUGUGCAUCUGUUUACCAACAACCUGAAUGCCAAAAACAUUCUGAAAAUCUACAAAAAGGCUUUGCUACCGUCUGCCAAACGUUGGUUUGACGAUAAAAAUGAGGAUUAG